AUGGGAGGCCAGAUGGACUGGAGUGAGAAGCUGGUUCUACUUGCCCAGGAGAGGGCGGAGUCUUGCCACACAGACCCCUCUCCUCAGGACCAACAGCUCCGCCACAUUGGCUGGAACACCCAUCACUCAUCCCAUGCCACAACUUCAUUUGCUGAGGUCAUUGACUCAUGGUUCGAGGAAGGGAGGGACUUCAUGUACUUGAGUGGGCAAUGCAGAGAGAAUGCUACCUGCCAACACUACACACAGUUGGUGUGGGCCACCUCCAGUAAUGUGGGCUGUGCCAGACAGUUGUGUCUGAGGGGUGAUGCUCUCUGGGAGCUGUUUGUCUGUGCAUACUCCCCUGGGGGUAACUGGGAGGUGAAUGGGAGGUUGGUGGUGCCCUAUGUGUCUGGUUUCUCCUGUUCUCUCUGCACCUCUUCCAUAUCAGGCUGCUUCAGACUGUGGGACCAUGUGGGAGGACUGUGUGCGACCCCCAGGAACCCAUGUCGUAUGAGCUGUGGGCAGCAUGGUCGUUUGAACAUCUCCUCCUGCCAGUGUCAUUGUGGACCUAGGUUCACCGGACGAUUCUGUCAGGUGCGCUGCAGUGUGAAGUGUGUGCAUGGCCGCUACAAAGAAGAGGAAUGCUCUUGUAAGUGUGAUGUUGGUUAUGGGGGUGCUGAGUGUGCAGAGAAGCAGCAGUUUCCCUUCCACAGCUGUGACGUGAGGAUAGAUGGAGAGUGCUUCAUGGUGUCUCCAGGGGUCAACACCUACUAUGGAGCCAAGACCCGCUGUCAGGAGCGAGGAGGGAUUCUGGCCCAGAUCCACAACCAAAAGGUUCAGGACAUCCUCGUAUUUUCUGACUUUGAGACACGCAACUUCUGGAUCGGGCUGACAUAUAAACCCCUGAAGGACUCUUUCCGCUGGGACUCAGGAGAAAUCCCCACAUACAACAGCUUCGCCUUUGGACAGCCUGACAACCAGGGCUUCGGGAACUGUGUGGAGCUGCAGGCUUCCAGCGCCUUCAAUUGGAACGACCAGCGCUGUAAAACAUGCAACCGAUACAUCUGCCAGUACGACCGAGCGGCCGGCACAUUGCAUUUGGAUGCCAGAUGAACUUUGAUAAGAGUUAAUGAGAAAGUAGCAUUGUGCUGUGAGGACAGAAUGGCCCUGGCUGCUCUUAAGGACCCCCUCACCACAAGAUGGAGAGAAAAGAACUGCCCACUCUACCUACGGUUUCAUCUCAAAAUGGCAUCCCCCGUCCUCAGAAUCUACAGCACCUAACCUGAAUGGGACCUCUAACCACACUCUAUAUAAGAGAAGCCCGCACCUUCUAUGGAGUCAGCAGGAGCAGCGACCACUCCUCUUCCCACUAUGGAGGAGCGAGUCCAACAUCACACGUCCAUCUUCCAUCGCCUAGGAUCAGCGAUGGAUCAGAUGAUGGAGAGGAUGGAUCGUUGGGAGAGGAAUGGUUUCCCUACUACU